AUGGUCUCAGUGUACUGGAUGUGGUCCACAGGCGAUAUCGAGGCGAAGCAGAACGUGUCUGUUGGAUGGGUCACCAUCGUCAUUUCAGGGUCUAUGAAUGCUCCUCUUUUGAUGACCCCAAUAGUUCCUGUGAAUGCACGGCAACGUCGCCAUAGCGCGAACUUCUACCAGAGAGGUGCCCAGUGCUGCGAAGGUCCACCUGUUGAAACGCGGCCAUGUAGCGCCGCUUGUGAGCGUAGAGCACCAUGUGCGUGGACAGAUUGGGGCGAGUGGUGUGGCUGUUCAGGAUGUCGGGCAGGUAAAGAAGUGCGUCGUCGAUCCUGUGAGCGAGUGAAUACUGAAGGAGGAAAGACCUCAUCUGAAAUUGCCUGCACCUGUCCUGAACGGGAUACGGAUGAACGAGAGUGUAUUGUAGACAAGAACUGUGACUCAUACCAACCUCCCAAAGGCCAAGCAUCAGCACAAGACUAUGGUAAGGCUUUAGUAGCGCUCGUCUAA